AUGUCCACCAAACACCACUACCCCCUCGCCCCCCGCACCCUCCGCAUCCCCCCCCCCUUCACCUUCCUCUCCCUCGCCCCCACAACCAGCGUCACCACCCCCCCCGCCCUCCCCGCCCCACACACCUUUCUCUCCCUCUCCCCCACCACCACUCCCGCCUCCUCGCCCUUCAUCCCCGCUUCAGCACGGGGUGUCUCGAUAAUCCCCCUCCUGCCGGUGGAGGUCGCGGUCGGGAUGCCGGCGCCGGUGGAGCAUAGACGGAGUAGCUCGGUUGUGAGUUUGGGUGUUGGGGGGAGGUUUUUGAGGUUGGGUCAUGUGGGGGGAGGGGGGGAGGAGGGGGAUUGGAGUGCUGUUGAGUGAGUGGGAGAUACUAUGUGCUACUGGGGGAUGAAAAGUGAGCGUGAGUGAGCGAGCGAGGCGUUUUUGGGAAUUGUUAAGGGAUGGAGGAAGUGUGUUUGCCUGCCUUGAUGGCUGCUGGGAUGGCUGGUUGGUUGAUUGGUUGGUUUGGUGGUUGGCUAUGUGUUAUGGGCGUUGAGAAAACAGUUAAAACAGUCUGUUAUGGUUGUUGGAGGAUCUCUCGUUGCUUUCUUAGGGGAGAGAUUGAUUGGGGACGGGAAAAUGGCCACGAAGUGAUGAUGAUAUGACAUCUCCUUGCUUGCUUGCUUUAUUGCGGUAGUUAGUGGGAAUGUUAACUCGUGAGCGUGCUGAUGUCUUCUUAUGUCUUCUUCUAUUAUGACUGUGUAUGCAUGCUCGUUUAAAUAAAAUACUUGUGAUGGGUGGUGAAGAAUAUUGUGUUUGCUGGUAUAUUUCAUAAUAAAAUAAUUAAAUAGUUCAGGGGGGGGUUUAUACUUCCAACCACGUCUAAAUUAAUCUUCAUUAUUCUUUUUUAUAUCAACAC